CUGUACCGAAACAGUUAUGAAGAGCUGUCGUUCUUCAAAAGAUAUGAAUAUGUUGCAUGUUCCAAAUUUAUGAAGAAUCUUCUGAGCGAACAGGAGGGUAUUCUUGAAAGUUGCUUUUCUGUGGGAUCAGACUAGACAGGGCUUGCCUUUGCUCACACGCGCCUAGGUGAGCCUUGAGCGUCCAUGACCUUGUCAGCAGUUCAUCGGUUCUCUUUCUUUGAGACGACAGCAAUGAAACCCCACGAACAGCGAGUCAGUCCACUAAAAUCACACAUGCAAAGUGAGGGCCGCCCCAUGGCCCAGAUGAAGGCUCUUCAGUUCCGCAGCAUUGCGCCUAAAGCGCCAGCAGUGGGCUCAUCCGCUGCAGUGCUGUCCUCCUGCCAGCCCUCCUCCGUCCUCCCAGAGGCUUCUACAGCUGUGAGCCCUAAAUCCAUCCUAGUACCUGCACAGAACUACGCCCUCAUGCAGGUGGCUGGACAAGAGGGUACCUUCUCAUUGGUGGCCUUACCUCAAACGCCACCACAUCAUCAAAUCCAAAAGAACUUGAAGCUUCCGAUUCCCAGGUACCAGCCAAUGAGAAGCAAGAGAGGCCCAGAAAAAGCCAGUAUCAGGACACAGAGCCCAGCUAAGGCUGGUCCAGCUUCACAGACAAAAUCAGCUGAAGUACAAGUGAACUCUGCUCUGUCUGGUUUGGGUGAGAGUCAAGAAACAUCAUCUGAUCAGACAGUCAGGGCGGGCUCGGCUACUUCAUCUGAAGUCUUGCUUCCCGACAAUGCUGCCUUGUAUCCAGGGUCAGAGACGGAGCCAGCCUUGGAAAAAAGCAUGGAUUCCCUCCACACCCUCAGCUACCCCACUGGAGCCUCUACAGCCACACUUGUUGCUCCUGUCGGUAACAGCUCACCCAUCAAAGCCCCAGCAGAAGGAGCAACCUCCACAGGGAGUGCUAUUACCGUCCUCUCCCCCACCAUCUUCAGCAAAGCUGUUCAGAUCAUUCCCACUCCCCCCAAAGGCAAGCUCCCCAUCCUUCCUUAUGCCAAGGUGAAGAACUCCCUCCUGCCGUCCUCUGGCCUUGACAGCAGCCAGUCACCAGGGAGGGGCUCCAUUCUGGCCAAAACCAGCCUGAAAAGCCCUGCAGACAUCAAACUCAAGACCAUAGAUGACAGUGCCAGGAGCAACUGCCUCGUCCAAGUUGGAGAUGCCACUCACUCCAAGAAAUCCCCUGGCAAGAGGCGGGGGAGGAAGAGGAAAACCAUGGAGGACAUACUGGCCUUUGAGGCGAAAAAGAAGAGAUCUCUGUCAUUCUUUCGCAGGAGAGUCCCAGAGAAACCUCCCUCCGGUACCCAAUCUUCUGUGGUGGACAUUUCAAAGAAGUAUCGGAGUAUUCGCCCAAAGCCUAUUUUAGUGAUGGAAACCACUGUUCCCCAACUCAUACCUCUACCUUCAAUCUCAGCCUCGGAGAACCUCGACCAGGAGCUCAUCCUGGGGCAGCCGAUGACGGGGAAAUCCUUGUCCACCACCCGACCUGGCAUAGUGUCCAUCCAAGCCCCCGGCCAACAGCCUGUGGCUGACGGCAGAGGCGGGUUCUUGUACGUGGGCAGUCGCCAGCUGCACCGCUGCCCCACCUGUAGCAGGUGCUUCCAGUUCAAACAUCACCUGCAGAGCCACAUGAACAGCCACAGUAACCUGAGGCCGUACGGUUGCCCCGUGUGCAGGAAGGCCUACGCUCACUCAGGCAGCCUGAGCACACACAUGAAGCUGCACCAUGCCGAGGGGAGGCCUCGCAAGAGCCUGCGCUGCGAGUUCUGUGAGAAGGCGUUCGGCUACGUCGGGGUCUACUUCAGUCACCUGAGAGAAGUGCACAGAGUCAUACUCACCGUAGAACCAUCAAUCAGCCAGCACGAGGAGAACACACCUAUAGAAGGGUGUGCAGACGCGGAGGACCAGGCUCCGGAGCAACGCGUGGACCCCGUAGAGCUGCAGAUCAAGUGCGGCCGCUGCCAGGCCAUCACGCCCACGUUCGCCGACAUGAAGCUGCACCUGCUGUACGUGCACGGGGAGGAGGUGCAGGUGCGUCUGCGGGAAGGGGCUGUACACGGCGGCCGUGAAGCCGAGGACGAGCUGGUGAAGCAUGCCGCCCACUACUGGAGGCAGCUCAAUGAGCGGCGCAACCUGGUGCGCUGCGGCAGCUGCGACGAGGAGUUCUUCUCCUUCUCCAAGCUCAAGCGCCACCUGCACGCACACCACCAGGGGGCCACGGAGAGUCGAGAGGAACAGGAGGAAGAAGAGAAAGGAGAGAGAGAGCACAUCUCUGGGCAGUCGGCUAAGGCUGUGAGCCUUAGGGCAGGGGUGCACUUUAAUUGCAUCCUGUGCAGUGAGGUUUUGGAUAGGAAGCAGGACGUUCUGGAGCACUGGAGGGGGCGUCACAACUGUGAGAAACCAGCCGUGCUGUGGAAGUUCCUGGAUUCCAGAGAAGAUGACACACCUGCUCCUAGCCCAAAAUAGCAUCUUAUGCUAGGUAGUUUGACAAAUAUACCAUUUAUAUAAGUUAAAGCACAAAAAAACACACAGAAAAAACCAUCAGUAGACACCACCCCCUUUACUUUCAUAUUGUUUUGCACUGUUUUAAUAUUGUUUUGACAGUUUUUUUAUAUUGGUUUAAUUUAUAACUUUUUUUAUACAUUGACUUUUUUUUGUCAAGUUUAAUUCUUUUUGGGCAGUUUGAAGAUUCUGAUUGGGCAGUUUGAACAGUAUUUACAGUGUUUUAAGUAUUAGUUCUUUAGUUACUGAGCAUUGUUAGCAACAAUUUUCAAGUAAUUCAAUCACAAUUAAUAUUCAAUGUCCUUAUGAAUGCCAGUGAGCACAUGUGUUAAAACAAUUGUUUUUGUGAGUCAUAUGGUCAUAUGCAUUGAAUGGUAGCUAAACCACUUUUUGAAUGGCUCAGGCAUGUCUGACAAAUGCUUUAUUAAUAGAAAAUGCACCAAAUGUGAAUCAUCAUUGCUAUGCCAAGUCAUUGCAUGGUGCUAUGUAGCAUACAUAGAGGAGUCACUUUUCUGGUCUGUGUUGUAUUUUCAGCAAUGCAUCAACAUUAAAGGAACAGCUCAGCCAAACCUGCUAACGUGGCCACCAGGGAGCAAAUUCCUGUUCCAGCAUGGUCUCAUUUGCAUGAUACUACUAAUUGGCAGCUAUUAACUGAACUGUUUCUUCAACUACUUUAAUCCAGGAAUAGGAUCCCACUUACAUAAAUUAGUCUCAAAAUGAAAACUCCCGCUUCUAUCAGUCAAUUUGCAUGUUUCAUGAUGGUGCAAGCCUUCUUUGGUUGUGUGGAAGAGCCACAAAAACUAGCCCCCAAAAAGGGGAAUGAUUAUUUUAAAAUGCUCUUGUACAGUCACAAACAUAUUAGUAAAAUAAGAUAAGCCUACAUUAGCUUGAGUAGUAGUGUGCCAGCUGUAACUUCAGUUACUGUAAGAGAGGCGGAAGUUUGAGGUAGGCGGGCUCCUCCACAGUCCACGUGCCUUGAUGCACUGCAUAUUUAGCAAUUUACAAAUUAUAAAUGCAGUGCCCGUUGACAUGAUUUAUAAUUCAGAAAUUCUGAACCUUAUGACUGAACUUCAUUAUAGACUUGUUUAUAAACAAAAGCAGUAAGAAGUGACAUGGAGAAAAUCACUUUUAAUCAUGUUUAAAUUGGAAAUUGUUUAAAUGCCUCCUGUUCUUUAUCAGGUCUUAUUGUUAAACCAAAGUAACAAGGCAAGUGUUGGAGAAGUUGACAUUGCUUCAUUUGUGGUACGACAAAAGUAAAAGCAAAUGUACUCUCUCAUCCUGUGUCCUGCAGUAGCCUAUGGAAGAUCAUAUUUUCCACUGACACACCUAUUACACAUAGCUCUUAUUCAAAAAUCCCAACCAGAUUGUGUAAAACUCCAUGAAACAUGCAGAGAAUGUUUUAGAAGUUGGAAUUUUCCUUUAUGUUGCACAGUAGUGACUGUAAAAUGGUGCUGAUAUAAGACUUAUUUGCCACUACCCACAGCUUGGUAUACCUGUGGUCCUUGUCCUGAUUCUACACGUUAAUGCAUUGCAGCUAAUUCUGAGGUGCUUAUCUCAGUUAAGAAUUCCAUACUGAGAUCUUAAAAAAAAAAAAAAAGAAUUUUAUAUAAAUUUUACAAUCUAAGGCAACACAACAUUCUCUUUGCAAGUGUGCAAACAUGUCGUUAUUCAUUGUUGUGUUAGAUUAGAAAACCUUUCCCAAUUUAAAAAAUAUAUUUAUUUAGUAAUUUGUUUUUUCACUUCUUAAAGUUCCACAGGGUAAAAGAAUGUAUCUUGAAUGUUUCAAAACCCUACCAAAUGUUAUAUAUGUGAAAUAGAUUAUAUAUCUGUAAUGUACAAAUUUAAGUACAUUAAACAUAUGCAUACACAUAUAUACACACAGACACACAAACACACACUUUUUAUAUAUAUAUUUACAUAUAAGACAACAUAGUGAUCAUGCUGCUGUUGUAUCUCAUUACAGAAAAUGUUAAAGAUUUGAAAUCUAAUAUGUGGCAUUUUAAAUGUCAUUAGCAUAAGUUCCAGCUUUUGCAGUGUACUGAAAACACCUGUUCGCUUCUUGAGAAAACUGUGGGGCACAUUUUACUUCUAUUAUUAUUAUUAUUAUUAUUAAGUCAAACCCACCAACGAUGUUGUUGUCCAGGCUUAUUAACUAUAUCUAGAAACUGACCUGUGGUGUUCACCAAGGCACCAAAAACUUCUAGAUCUUUCACCAGCAUUUUCAUUUUUGAAUGGGUGGAACAAAUGCAUGAAUGCUGCCUUGCAGACUGUUUGUCUGACAAUCUGGAGUUUAGUGAAAGUGUUGGAGCAAGAGAAUCCUGACUGCAGUUAGCAAAGACUAUUAAGAUGUAAUGUUCAUCUUAAUUAGCACUCCUUUGUCCAAUGGUUCUCAUCUGUGGUGGAUUUCCCCACACACAACCAAGCUACACUAAAAUCAACAUUUUACCCUUUUAUGUUUAGAAUUGCUAUUUUUAAAUGACUCACUGUGUUAGAAUUGUGUGAAUAUUAUAUAUAAAAACUGUUGAGUGUCUCUAAAAGUGAGGUCUCACAUUAUAAUUUGCUUGUCCAUUACUAAAGAUCGUGUUCAUUUUUCCACUGUGAUAAAGAUUUAAGCCUGUUGUAUGUGGCUUUGGCCUCAUUGGACUUGCUCCUUUUUUUUUGUUUUAUUUUGUAAAGGGAAAUCCACAUAACUAGUGCCUCAAUAAAAAAGCAGUGUCUAAAUCUAA